AUGUCCAAUAGUCAGAGGCAACAACAGCAACAACAGCAACAGCAAUUACCUUCUCCUCCAGAGCUAUCGUCGACACAAAAAUUGGAUGUCAAGCGGUUGUGGGAAAUCCAAACCCAAGACGUCCACGACGAUGGCAAUUUGAACAAACCAACUUCGUUUGCGGCUUCCGAUUCCAAACCAACCUUGAGCUGUGGACAGUCCUGUCAUAUGAUUACCCGUUUGCAUGCCUUCUUUUACGAAUUUUUGAACCAAGUGUGUCAACAAAAUGGUGGCGUGACGGUGGAGCAAGGUUCUUCGGCUGUGGUGGCGGUAGAAGACGAAGGAGUCACGUUGCAAGGCAACCACCCGGCCUUUUUGAAACCCAUACCAGAGAGUUGUUUGGAACCAUUUGCCCAAUUGUUUCUAGUCAAGGAAAAAAAUACAACAACAACUGCAGCGGCUGCUCGAAGAAAUGACGAAAACUCGAUGCAUUAUGCCAAUAAUAAUAAUAGUAAUGAUUCCAAUCACAGUGCGGAAGGGAAAAUGAUCAUUCGACCACGAGGAGGCCGCCGGGUGUUGGCCAUUCAAUACGAUGAGUUUCUGGACGAAUUGAAUUACUACGAAUUUCGAGGCAAUGCCUCCAAGGAAUUUCUCAUGGCGAAUUCUUAUGGUGCCUUUCUCUAUCAUUUUCCAAUCCAAGCAAUACCCGUCAUGAAUGUCAGCAUGGCAUUGGCGGUUGCUUCGUUAUGGCGAGCCAAUAUCCCAACUGCUGCUGCUGCUGCUUCUACUACUAAUUCCAAACUCAUGGCACGCCUCCAACGAUUUUUGGAAACUUGCCAAUUGACCGUCCGCUUGAUUCAUGUGACGCCCCUCGUGCCCAUGGCCGAUGUCAAGACGGGGAUCGUCCGAAAAUUCAUUGCCGUCAAGGGACAUGUCAUCAAGGCCCGGCCCAAACGUCUACGGGUGGCCACUGCCGACUUUUGCUGUACCAAAUGUUUCGCCACCGUGACCCACGAAUUUGAUCAAGGCCGGUAUUCCUUACCAACCAAGUGUCCGACUGAUAAAUGCAAAAGCCGAUCCUUCAAGAUCGUCAAACAAACGGCCAAGUACAUUAAUAUUCAAGAAUUGCGAUUGCAAGAAGCGCAGGAGGAAUCUACGGCCCAUGCGGGUCGGACGCCCCGGCAAUUGCAAGUCGAGCUCAAGCAUGAUUUGAUUGAUUCGUGUCGGCCAGGAGACAUUGUCUCGUUGGCUUGUCAUGUGGAUGCGGUCAAUUCGGCAGUGGCAGCGGGCAAGACGGGGAAACGGGCCAUGGAAACGAGUACCUACAAACUUUACUUGCAGGGGCAUUCCAUUACCACCCUUUCGGAAAGCAAUAGCCAACGGGGAGAUGGGAAACAGAAAAAGACGGUGUAUACCCAACGGCAACUCCAAAGCAUUGCUCAAUUGUGUCAUGCGGAUCAUCGAUGUCUCAGUUUGGUGGAAAGGAGGGCCUUUCCAUUUGAUUUGCUAGUGAGAUCCGUGUGUCCUUCCAUCAUUGGUCACCAUGCUGUCAAGGCUGGAAUAUUGCUGUGUCUGUUGGGAGGGACUCCGCCAGCGACCAAUGGUGCUGCCAUGGACAAGGGCUCUUCCAUUCGAAGCAAUUCUCACAUUUUAGUGGUCGGAGAUCCAGGUAUGGGGAAGAGUCAAAUGCUGAAUGCCGCUACCCAACUCGCUGCUCGGAGUGUCUACGUCGGUGGCAAUACUGCCUCUACCACCGGUCUAACAGUGACUCUUACCAAAGAGGAAGGAGGCGAAACUGGUAUUGAAGCAGGGGCACUCGUUUUGGCUGAUCAAGGAGUGGCAUGCAUUGAUGAAUUAGACAAGUGUAGACAUCUGGAUGGACUCCUGGAAGCCAUGGAACAGCAACAGGUUUCCAUUGCCAAAGCUGGAGUGGUCGCAUCGUUACCGGCUCGCUGUAGUGUUAUUGCUGCUGCCAAUCCAAAGCACGGUAGCUAUAACAUGAGCAAGACAGUGGCGGAGAAUCUCAACAUGGCCCGACCAAUUCUUUCUCGGUUUGAUUUGGUAUUCAUUCUCCGAGAUCGCGCCAACAAGGAGCAGGAUCGAUUGGUUUCUACCAACAUUAUGAACUUGUAUCGAAACCGAAGUGCCGACACGACAAUGCCCGUUCCAAACGCACCUGCGGCGCAGGCGCAAAUGGAGACUGGAAGUGGCCCCUCGACGGGUGGAAGAGUCUCUUUGGAAGAGCGUCUUGCCUGGGUCGCUUCGUUCAACGAUGCAUUGCCGGCUGCUUUAGUACGAGAUUACAUUGCCUAUGCUCGCGAAUAUUGCCGUCCCAAAUUGACAAGAGAAGCCGCAGAAAUACUAAAGGACUACUACAUGAACCUGAGGUACCCUGAGGACGGUAGGCGGAGACAAGAUACUGUCCCAAUCACGACGCGGCAGUUGGAAGCCUUGAUUCGUUUGUCCCAAGCCCGAGCAAAAGCCUGUUUGCGGGAUUUUGUAAUCAAAGAGGAUGCCUUGGAUGUGGUGGAGUUGCUCCGCCACUCAGUCGAGCAGGUCCAUACAGACGAAUGUGGGAUCAUGGACCGUACGCGGGGUGGUGCUGCUGGGCAAAGCAAUCGCAAGAUGAGAAAGAUGUUCCACCGAGAGGUUUGCAAUGUGAUUGGGAUUGGUGCCGUAUGCAGUAUGGAUGAUUUACGAAGGGUAGCCGACCGAGUCCAAUGUCCCCUGAGCGAUUUCCAUACUAUGCUUGAAGAUAUGAGAGAAAGUGGCACGCUGAUUCGGCAAUCAGAUGGUAGAUACAAGGUCGUGUCAUAG